CUUUACUUGAAAAAAAAAAUCGCUCGUUCUUGUAUAUCUACAGAAAGAGAUGAAAUAAAAGUUUUAUGGCUGUCGUCUAAUUUAGCAACAAAGUCACAGCUGAAACACGGAAGGACGCAGCCUAUGUCACAUUUGGAAGCGUCUUAGCCGUACAGCAAAAACAAAGAUAAAUUGAAGAGAUAAUAACAAUAUUUUGCCGAAUAAGUGGCUCAAGUAGACAAGUGAUAACGACACAAAUUGAUAAGCCGAUGGUUUUUUUUUUCGUCAUUCAAAUCAUAUGUCACGAUCGUAGUGCGCUCAACGCACGUUAGUUGAACACGCGUAGUUGAACAAAAACACAUUACUCAAUUCCACUUCCAGUGCCGCAGAUCAUUCAUCAAUUGGUAUCAAUUCAAACUAAUAAACAAAUGUUGAUCUCGUUGUUUCGUUGAUUUGAAUUCGAUUUUGUUCGAAAAUAGGCGAUAAAAUGAACUAUCAAGUCAACCACCGGUUGUGUUUAUAAAUACAAAUUCCGAUUAUUACAGCAGUAAAUUGUGAGUCGAUCGAUUGAUAUUGUAACUCGAGUGGAGAGAAAAAAACGAUCGAUUUUUUUCGGUUUUUCAAGAAUUUGAGAAGGAGCUAUAGCAAAAAUAAAGAUUUGAAAUAGCAGUUAAAGGAAAGAAAGUGUCGAAAUUGUGAGAAAAAAAAAACUGUCUCGAAAUGGAAGAGAGUGCAGGAUUUCAUCGAAGCUGUGAUAAUGUGAAUGUAUCAAAGAUUGUUGAAUGUAAGUCACUCAUAUCGGAAGCGAAGCCGAAUGGAAAACACACUGCAAAAUGUCUGGAAGCACACAUCGACCAACAUCAUGUGGAAUGCCAACCGAGUGAUUCGUAUAAAAAUAGUAUCAAAUUUAGUGCCGCUUUGCCACAGAUAAUUGCAUCGUGUGCAGCGUAUCUAAUUGUGAUUCAAGCGGGCAUUAAUAUGUCAUAUUCCGCAAUUCUACUACCACAACUCAAUCAAAGCGACAGCACAAUCCACAUAAAUAAAUCGGAAUCCACAUGGAUCGCGAGUUUAGUGACGAUAUUUUUGCCAAUCGGUUCAUUUAUCGUUGGGCCACUGAUGGAUAAAUUUGGUCGCAGAAAAAUGGCUCUACUCACGUGCAUACCGUUUUUUAUCGGUUGGAUGCUGAUGUACAUUGCCACCAACGUGUGGUUCAUCUAUGCAGCGAGAAUUAUUGCCGGCAUCGGCGCUGGCCUAACGACAGUAUCGUUAAUAUACGUAAGUGAAAUCUCACAUCCGAAACUUCGGCCGAUGUUACUUGGCUUCAACAGUGUAUUUGUAUCGUUGGGCAUUCUGUUAACCACGUUACUGGGCCAAUUCUUCAAUUGGCAUACAAUAGCGGCGAUAUUCAGUGGUGCAACCAUUCUUACAUUCAUUUUAAUGUUUUGUAUCCCGGAAUCACCGUACUGGUUGGCUGCAUUCCAUAAGAAUCGCAAUGAUGACGUUGAAACGACCCUACGAUGGAUUUACAAAUCGAAUAAGCGCUGUCAAUACGAAAUGGAAGUGAUACGAAACAGUGUGAUGCAAAAUCAAUCGGUCAAAAUGUUGGGAUCGAAUACGAGCGAAACAUCUUGGUUGGUAUUGUUCAAGCAGCCAAGAGUGUACAAACCGUUUGCGUUGCUCAUCGUUCUAUUUUUCUUCCAACAAAUUUCCGGACCGUAUGUGAUCAUUUUCUAUGCAAUCGAUUUGUUUGUGAAAAUUGGCGGAAAAUUUGGUCACAUCAACGAGUACGGCGCCAUGUUGAUGCUGGGCAUUCUACGCUUCAUUAUGGCAAUUUUGUGCGCUUUCUUCUCCAAACACAUUGGCCGGCGGAAAUUUCUAUUGUCAUCCGGCUUGGGUAUGGUCCUAUGCACACUUUGCGCAGCUAUUUAUAUGUACUACGAAAAUACAGCAAUUAAAAAUGAUUUCAUCCUAUUGGUUUGUGUGCUCGGAUACGUUUGUUGCAGUUCGCUGGGUGUUUUAGUUAUCCCGUGGACAUUGAUCGGUGAGCUAUUUCCCAUUGAGGUAAAAGGAAAACUUGGCGGUUUAAUCAUAUCCAUAGCCUACAUGCUGAUGUUCAGUGUGGUAAAACUCUUCCCUUACAUCAUGGACUGGCUGGGUAUGCAGCAAAUUUUCUACUUAUUUGCAUUGAAUAGUUUCAUCGGCGUGUUAUUUACUUACGCUUACCUACCUGAGACGCUGGGCAAAAGUUUCAAAGAGAUCGAAAUGUAUUUUGUACGCGAUCGAGAAGAAAUUCAAUGAAAGAAAGAAAAAAAUCAAUAAAGAAAAUUGUUUGUAAAUAGACGAAAUGAUAAA